AUGCCGCACCUUUUUCUUGCCUCCUCUGCCUCGGCCGUCAGGGGCAUCACAGCACGGCGCAUGUUUGUAGUGCCUCCUCUGACGGGUGAGAAAAUCUGGCGAAUUCUUUGCAGUGUCACCUUCUGGAGGAUCAUCAGGAAGCGGUCGACGGAGGACUUCUCCGGCGUGCCCUACAACAUGACGCUGCUCAACUGCCUCCUAUCAGCUUGGUACGGCCUGCCGUUCGUGUCCCCGAACAACAUCCUGGUGUCGACGAUCAACGGGACGGGGUCGGUGAUCGAGGCCAUCUACGUGGUGAUCUUCCUCAUCUUCGCGGUGGACCGGCGGGCCAGGCUCCGCAUGCUGGGCCUGCUCAGCAUCGUCGCCUCCAUCUUCACCACCGUGGUGCUCGUCUCGCUGCUGGCCCUCCAUGGCAACGCCCGCAAGGUCUUCUGCGGCCUCGCCGCCACCAUCUUCUCCAUCUGCAUGUACGCAUCGCCGCUCUCCAUCAUGAGGUUGGUGAUCAAGACGAAGAGCGUGGAGUUCAUGCCGUUCCUGCUCUCCCUGGCCGUGUUCCUGUGCGGCACCUCCUGGUUCAUCUACGGCCUCCUCGGCCGCGACCCCUUCAUCAUUAUCCCGAACGGAUGCGGCAGCUUCCUGGGCCUGGUGCAGCUCAUCCUGUACUUCAUCUACCGGAAAAACAAGGGCCCCGCCGCGCCGGCCGGCAAGGGAGAGGCCGCUGCUGCUGCGGACGUGGAGGACGCGAAGAAGGUGGCCGCUGCCGUGGAGCUGGCCGACGCCACGACCAAAAAGGCGGCCGCCGACACCGUCGUCGGCGACAGCAAGAUCGUCACCAGCCAGGUGUAG